GUCUGAUCUCGAAAAAAAGUCAUCCUGGACAAGAUCAAGCAUUGCAAACUUGAACUCGCAGAUCCGAAAAAAGAGGGAAGAGAAGCCCCUUUCUGGAACCUCAGUGCCCAAAAGUAGUGCCUCGCGAAAAGUUGACAGAGGUGCAACACCUAAUAGGUAUCUUGGAUAGCAGUUCACGAGCGCGCCUGCCGCCGUGUCGAGGGGCGCUAACUGGGUCGACGUCGUCGGGCUAGGCACUGACAGCGCCAUGUGGCACAGGUCCCGGAACGGGUCGGCGUGGACCGCCGACUGGGAGUCGCUGGGUGGCAUCUUCAGCAGCACCGGCAGCCCGCCGGCCGUGGUAUUAUCGUGCCGGCCGGUCCGGGUGGACAUAUUUAGGAUAGGGGCGAACGAUCAGAUGUUGCACAAGGCUUUUUGGGACGGUGCGGCGGCGGCGGGUGGCUGGAUCGAGUGGGAGGACCUAGGCGGCAUCUUUGUCAGUCCGCCUGCUGCCGUGUCUUGGGGACCGGACCGCGUCCAUAUCUUUGGGCUCGGCACCGAUAAUGCGAUGUGGCACAAGGCCUGGGACGGGUCUGCGUGGACGGCCGACUGGGAGUCGCUUGGCGGAAUCUUCAACAGCCCGCCUGCUGUUGUGUCCUGGGGACCAGACCGCGUCGAUGUCUUCGGGCUUGGUACUGACAAUGCGAUGUGGCACAAGGCCUGGGAUGGGGAGGCGGCCUGGCUGCCCUCGGCUACAGGCAUGGUGUUUUUGGCUUGGGGAUUGACGACGGCUUGUAUCAUAAGGCCUGGGAUGGUAGCGGGUGGAGUCCUUCGGGGGUGGGUUGGGAAUAUCUUGGUGGUAUCUUCACCAGCGCGCCGGUUGCAGUGACGAGAGGGAUUGGUCGGAUUGAUGUUUUUGGUCUGGGUACGGAUUACCAGAUGUUGCAUAAGGCGUGGGAUGGCUUACGUUGGGCUCCCUCGAGUACCGAAUGGAAGGCUUUGGGUGGCAUCUUUGGCCCUGACGAAGCAAAGGCAUGGGGGAAUGGAGUGGUUGUAGCUGUGCUGAUGCCAGCGAUGGGGUCAUAGCCUUUUAUGGGAACGUUGAAUGUAAACCCCAGCCGCAGAGCCCGCGGGCCCAGAGACGUUUCCGGCAAGGUUGGGUGAAUAAGGAAAAUUUCGGGGCUCCUGGCUGUUCUGCGGCGGCCAAGAUGCCUAUGUCUCGAUAAUUUUUAUAAAGAGUCCGCUACUCGUGAAACGUG